UAGAAUUUUUGGUGUGAACUCCCAAAGUGCAGAUCAAAACCAUUGAUAUCUUUGAUAAAUCCGUAUAAAACAUAUUGCUUAAGCUUGCUUAUGCUAUCUAAUUAUCAUAUUUUUGACAGAUGUAGGGGUGAACAUUAUUUUCACGCUUUUCUUUAAACUAACAAAAGGCAUAUUGCCGGCAAAAGCAUACCAAACGGUUGCCGGAAACUAGCUGCCAUUAAUUAUUUAGAAAUAAGAAAUGAAUAAACGAAUAUUUAUAACUCCAUUUGUAUUUGCCGCCGAAUUCUCCAAAUUCAGAAAUUCUUCUCAACUAACUUCCGGAAAGGUUUUGGCAUGGAUGCAGUUGAUGAUGCUGAUAAGUUACCAGAAACAGCAAUAAAUGAAGUGACAUCCUUCUUUGAGUCAGCUCCACCGCUGACGGAUGCUGCUGAAACUGAAAUAUGUUUGAAGGAGUUCGUUGAUCGCAAUACCUCAUUAUCAGGCAGUUAUUAUUUCUUUAAAAAUCAACAUCUCAUAGUUUUUAGCCUUUUAAUUCUCUUUUCUUCAAAUAUAGAUGCUAGACUUUCUUUUGUGUCUCCGUGUUCAGUAAAUGGAAAAGCAAACAGGGUGGUGUGUGUGACUUCUGGUGGUACAACUGUUCCUUUGGAAAAGCAAUGUGUUCGUUAUAUUGACAACUUUGCUUCCGGUCAUAGAGGGGCCGCAUCCACAGAAUACUUUUUGAAGGCAGGUUAUUCUGUAAUCUUUCUCUACCGAAGGGGGGGCUGCCAGCCAUUUUGUAGUUUGCUGCCGGAUGACCCGUUGCUAGAGUGUUUUACUGUAGCUGAUGAUUCAAUUAUUGAAAUGGAUCCAUUGCAUGCCGAAACAGUGAAGAAAGCCAUUACUGAAACUCGUGCUGCAGUUGCUGAUGGCAUCCUGUUGAAACUUCCAUUUACGACAAUUUUCGAGUAUUUGCAGAUUCUUCAGCUAAUUUCUGCAUCAUUGAGGGGCCUUGGGCCUAGUGCUAUUUUCUAUCUUGCAGCUGCCGUUUCUGAUUUUUAUGUUCCAUGGGAAAGCAUGGCUUUACAUAAGAUCCAGUCAGCAUCUGGUCCUCUGGACAUGCGACUCGCCCAAGUACCAAAGAUGCUUUCAGUGCUUAGGAAUGAGUGGGCACCGAUGGCCUUCUACAUAUCUUUCAAGCUAGAAACAGAUAAAGAUAUCCUUUUAGCAAAGGCUGAUAUGGCCCUCAAAAAAUACAAGAUGCAUAUGGUGAUAGCAAACGAACUUUCAACCCGUAAAGAGGAAGUUAUAGUUGUGACAGAGCAGGAAAAGGUCACAGUUCGCAGGGACAGCACUCAGGCUGGGGCUGAGGUUGAGUGUCCAUUGGUCGAGCUUGUUGUUGAUAGACAUUCAGCAUAUAUCAAGAAGGUUGAUGCAUGACCACUGUAUGGGGCGCAAUUGUAUCAAUGGCUAUUUAUCAAUUAAAUAUCGAGUUACAAGGAUAUUUCUGAAAGCUGACAUAGUGUAACCAGUUGUUUAAAAAAAUGCACUCUGGCUCUCCUGAAAAGGGGGAAGGAGAAGAGACUAGUCCUGUUUAGUUUGUCUUAUCUUUGAUCGAAAAUCUGGUUUUUAUUUCUCUUUCUUAUUGUUUGAAUAAAUUCAUGAAAGUAAAUGCAGCUAUGCACAACAUAUGUAAUUUUCUCUAGAUGUCAUGUGGUGUCUGUUAUUAAUGAUGCCAGCACUUGAAUAUUAUUGGGAUAAUUUGCAAA